UUAUUAUCAAACGCAUUAAAAAGUUAAUAAUUUAGAAUGCUUAAUAAGUAUAUUAUGAAAAUAAUAUACUAAUUAUAAUACAAUACAAUAUUAGUCUAUAUAAUAUCAAUUAUAAUAUAAUAAUAAUAUCAUUGUAACAAACAAUAUUCAAUAUCCCGCGCGUUAUCGAAUACAUUUUACUGAUCAGUACUUCAUAGUACACCAUCGAAUGCAAGCCUUCAAGAUAGAAUAAACAAUUUUUUUGUACGUUAUAAUACACAGUGUUUCGACAAUCCUUUAUUUUCCGUGUUUAUUUGAAUAGUUUCUUAUAAACAUAUAACGCCAUUCUACUACUUUAAGUUAAAAGAUCAACGGACUUUGGUAUUCGACAGCAUUCGUCAAGCAAAAUUCAAACAUUGAAACAGGUAAGAAAAUUGAUUUUAUUUACCAAUUUUUUUUUAAAAUUCAAUUCUUAAUUAAUUUUGGUACUUCAAUCAGAGUUGAGCAAAAUAUUAUCUAGAUAAUUAUUCGAAUGAAAAAUUAGUCGAAUCAUUUGUUAUUCGAAUAAUAUUGUUUUCAAAUUAUUCGAAUAAUUGUAAAAUUAUAAUUAUCAAAAUAAUUUUUUAUUCGAAUAAAAUAUUAUCAAAAUAAUCAUCUAAAUAAAAUUGUAUUCGAACGAUGAUGCCAAACUCUGAUUUCAAUAUUAAUUGUUAUACAUGUCGAUCCCACAAUUGGGGCCUGAUUUAUAGAAAUUGGUGACUCUUUAUAUACUUAUACCUAGAUUUCCUAGGUUUUUCUUUAGAGGUGUUUUUCAUAAAUAAAUUUAAUUUUUUACAAGUAAAACAAACAAAGCCAAAUAUACUGAAAAAUAUAAAAAGAAAAAUGCAACAAAUUUUCAUAUUAUUAAAUUAAAUUUUAUGUUUAAAAAAAUGUAAUCAUGACCUUAGUGUUAUUGAUAUUAUUGUAUUAUCAUUAUUUGUUCAUACUUAUUACACAUGAUCUAAAUUUACUUUAUCUUAUUAUUGUAGACAUACGAUCAUAGUACGUCAAAUAUAAUUAUUGGACACAGAAGAAAAAAAGUAAAAAAAAAAAUGGACUUUCAGAAGGUCGUUUAUCAAAUACUGCUGUUGUUAUUUACCAUAGAAAUUUCUACGACGUUUGGUAACCAUGAAGAAGACUUGUUCGAAUUAACAUCAACCAGCGAUAGCCCGGGUUUGCAGUACGAACUCAUAGGUAAUGGUAGAGCUUGCGGAAGUAGUUGGACAGUAAACACAUAUAUGGAUUUAAAAUUUUUAAAUAACAGUCUUAGAAAUAUUAGACAAAUGUUAAACUCAAUUGAACUAAUUGCGUUCAAAGACAUUUCUAUAACUUUGUAUCAGUUAAAAAAACACGCGAACAGAUUGGAAAACGAGAUAGGUUUAAUUGUACAAAUGGGUAGACAUAACAAAAAAGUUAAGCGAUCUAUUAAGUUUGGGGGUACGGCAUUAAAAUGGAUGUUUGGAGUAGCCGAUGCUGACGAUGUACGAAGAUAUGAUAGUACGAUCGAUAAAUUAGAAAACAAUGAGAAAGAUGUUAUGCGUAUUGUUCAUGAUCAGAUAUCUAUACUAAAAAGCACAAUAAUUAAUUUUAAUGAUUCCGUUACAUCAUUUAAUGAAAAUAAGAAAAUAUUUGAUGCAAAUAUGAAAGAAGGCGAGAAAAAAGUGAACGAAUUGAUUAUUGAGAUAGCUAAGGAAGACAGAAAAAUCAUUAUUCUGAGUUCGAUAACUCUUUUAGAAAACACUAUAUUUGAAUUGGACAUGUUUAUUAGUAGGUUGCAAAGAGUAAUUUCUAACGUACAGAAUAAUGUAGUAGAUGCGUUUAUAAUAACACCUGACCAAUUGCUUUCGGAAAUAAAAAAUAUUCAGAGUAUACUCCCGGAUGAUUUGAAAAUCCCUGUUAAAUUUGACGAGGAUAAUAUUCAAGAAAUAUUCAAAAUAUUAAGUAUUGAAAUGCACACAAUAAAUGACAGAUUUAUUUUUUCUUUAAAAUUUCCUCUGUGCCUUAUAGAAAAUUUCAACGUUUAUUACAUAUUACCUAUUUACAUUCCAAUUAAUGAACAUGGUCAAUUUCUGCAUAUGACUAAAAAUUCUAUGUAUUUGUUAAUGGACAAAAUAAUGACCAAAUAUUUUAUAUGGCCAGAUUUAAAUAACUGUAAAGUAGUGGAUAAAAUAUUUGUUUGUGGAUUUAAUGAAAUUAUACAUAAUUGUGACACGGACCCCACAUGUGUAACAGAAUUACUAAAAAAUUCUUUAACUAAACCACCUCAAUGUGAUACUUAUAUCUCUGAAUUCAAAACAGAAAUGUGGUAUCCCUCAUUUUUCAAAAAUCAUUGGUUUUUCGUAUGUGAAAAACCCACUACAAUUACUAUAAUUUGUAAUAAACAGUCUUUCACUCAAAAAAUUAAAGUUAAAAGUUCUGGAAAGUUAUACUUGAAGUCUGGGUGUAUUGCUUACACCUCGAAAGGUGUACUAAAAACUGAACAAGUAUUAAAUCAAACAUAUUUCUCAAUUCCUGAUUCCAGUAGACUUAUCUCUUACAAAUGAUUCAUGCUGUAAUGUAUUCAAUUUUUCUAAUCAGGCCUAUCCCAAACCUAUCCACUUCGAUGAAAUAAAAAAUAUUAAAUUUAAUAAAGAUGCGUUCAAUACAAUAAAUAAACAAUUAGACCAACAAGAUAUGUUAAUAAA